AUGAUGCUGGGGGAUAUGGGCGCCGACAUAGUAAAGAUUGAAGAACCGCAAAACGGCGAUGAGACCCGUUCCUGGACGCCUUUUUGGAACGGUGAAAGCACCCAGUUCGUAUCUUUUAAUCGCAACAAGCGGAGUCUCAGCCUGAACUUGCGGGAAAAGGAAGGGCUGGAAAUCGUUCGUACCCUGGCGGCGGACGCCGAUGUCAUGAUUGAAAGCUUUCGGGCGGGCGCUCUGGACCGCAUGGGUCUGGGGUAUGAAGAAAUUCGCGGCAUAAACCCCGGUAUCGUCUACUGCUCCAUUUCCGGGUACGGUCGCACUGGCCCGAUGGCGGAAAAACCGGGCUACGACCUGAUUAUCCAGGCCUACAGUGGGUUGAUGGACUUAACGGGGGAACCGGAUGGGAUGCCCAUGCGGGUCGGAUUUUCCCUGGUAGACCUGUUCACCGGCAUGAUGGCAUUCGGGUCAAUAGUAACUGCCCUUUACCACAAGCGGGAAACGGGACGGGGCCAACGCCUGGAGGCCGCAUUGUUGGACGGUCAGGUAGCCGCCCUCAGUUACCACGCCACCGCUUAUAUGGCCACUGGCAAUGUGCCCCAGCGCAUGGGGUCCGGACACCCCAGCCUGGUGCCCUACCAAAGUUUCCGUGCCUCCGACGGCAACUUCAUCGUUGGCGUGGCCAAUCAGGGUUUGUGGGAACGGUUUUGUGCCGGAAUUGGACGCCCCGAAUUGCUGGGCGACCCGCGGUUCAAGACCAACGACGACCGUGUCGUUCACCGUUCGGAGUGCAUAGAUGCUCUGAACGAAAUCUUUAAAGCCAAAACCGUGGCAGAAUGGGUUGAGAUAAUCGAGCAGUGUGGGGUGCCUUGCGGCCCCAUAAAUCGUGUUGACGACGUCGUAAACGACCCCCAGGUCAAUGCCCGUAACAUGAUUGCAGAACUGACUCAUCCCAACGUGCCCGACCUGCGCAUUCCAAACUCCCCCCUGAAGCUGGCGGAGACUCCAGCAGAAAUUAGGCGGCCACCGCCUUUGCUGGGCCAACACAACGACGAAAUUCUGAAUGAGCUAGGUUACGACAAGGACGCCAUCGCUCUUCUCAAGGAGAAGGGUGUUAUCGGUAAGGGUCCUUAG